CUAGGCUGCCUAUUGCUAUAAUUAAAUCAUUUUUUCUUUUGUACGUCUCUGAUCUUCAGCUAAAAGCUUGAGCCACGUGCCACUCUUGAUUUUUACCCUGAGGUGUUCUGGGUGCUUUUGGUGUUUAGGGAUAGAUAAAUGCAUUUUUCUCAUUGUUACGUGACGAGAGAAGUGACUUAAUCUCGUGGAUUUUGCUCUUACGCAUCGGCUUACUGUGAUACCCAACCGAGAAUGUAUGCUUGCCAUGGCAACCUCUAGAUUACAUAUUACAGCUACUCACUUGGAAGUAGCAAGACUUUCUUAAAGAAAUAUGAACAGCAGGCUGAUUUCAGCAUCUACAUAAUUAUAAAUAAACUGUGUAUGUUGGAAAACAUGACCUCUUUGAUAAGAACAUUAAUGCUGCUGCAGUUCAUAAGUAGGUUUUUAUGAGAGGGAAAGGGAGUCGGACUUCGGAGAAGGUCAUGUAUUCUUCUUUCUGUGCAAUACCAGUGAAAGAAGGUUUCUUUGUUUUCAAGCAGUCUGUACUUUAAAAGCUGUUUUAAUUUAGUGAUCUUGUAAUCAGAUAUCUUGAUGUGUCAUGAUAGCUUGAUGCCCAUUUGAACUUUAACCUUUGCUAAAGCUUGACGUGGAAAACUGUUUCUCAGUCACGCAAACAGUAUUUUUUUUCUAAUAUCUCACAGAGGAGGAGCUUUUUUGUGUGGUUUUGUUAUACAAAUGAUGCGCAUAUUUAAAAAUGGCUUUAUAUUAAACCAAUUUCUGCAGAUAAUCGUUAAUAAUUGUAAAUGAUAUAUCAACUGUUUAACAAGUAAGGAACAGCAGGUAAAAAGCAACCGUUUCUUUCUGCGGAGCCUGGCUGCAGGCAGCUGCUCGGAAGAUGGCAGGAACAGUGUUUGUGGCAACUGUGGGAGCCCAUCAAAGGAAGGAGUCGCGUGUGCUGAUGAGCAAAUUCUUCACUCCUUGGUCCCAUAAGAAUUUAUCAACACUUUUUAAUCAUUGAUUAAAAUUUUUUUUAAGUAGUAGACGCUUGUGAAAGGCAUUUUAAAAGGAAGAUUGUCCACUAUCUGGAAUUUCAAGACAGCGGUGUGUGCUUGCCGUUAAAGCCACAAAACUUCAGAUUAACAAGGAAUUAAUUGCCCUUGAGGUAUGUGCAUCAGUACAAAGUGAUGGUUGUGUGCACUGGUCUUAAAACGGACGCCAGGGAUGGGAAAUACUGCAGUGCACUGAACUUCAGCCUAAACCCAGAAAAUAGGGAUUAACCCACAUAUGGAAGCAGGCAGCAGACAGACACUCGCCCACCCCGCCGCCUCGCAGAGCUCCCGGCGCGUGCGGGCGGCCGGAGGCUGCGUGUGCCCGCCGGGGGCUGUGGGGCAGCUCUGCGCCCGGCCACACGCCGUCCCUGCGGUUUUUGCCCUGGCCGAUGGGGUUCGCCGAUCGGAUGCGAGGGGGCCGUGAGACGGAUGCUGUUUCCCAGGAGUUGCCAUUUAGCGUCUGAGACUGCCGAUAGGAGUGGAGGGCUGAUGAUGUGCAGUGAAGGUUGGAUAAUGCUUCAGAAAUGUGCGCUGUUUGGAGAUGACAACUAAAAGGAAAAUUAUUGGCCGCCUGGUGCCAUGCCGGUGCUUUCGUGGUGAAGAAGAAAUCGUCUCAGUGUUAGAUUACUCUCACUGUGGCCUACAGCAGGUGCCAAAGGAGGUUUUUAAUUUUGAACGGACACUAGAGGAGCUUUAUCUAGAUGCCAAUCAAAUUGAAGAGCUACCUAAGCAAUUGUUCAACUGUCAAGCUUUACGCAAACUGAGUAUACCUGACAAUGACCUUUCAAGUCUGCCAACCACUAUUGCUAGUUUAGUUAAUCUCAGAGAACUUGAUAUCAGUAAAAAUGGAAUUCAAGAUUUUCCAGAAAAUAUUAAAUGUUGCAAGUGUUUAACAAUUAUUGAAGCCAGUGUCAACCCAGUCUCUAAGCUACCAGAUGGCUUCACACAACUUGUAAACUUGACCCAGCUCUAUCUAAAUGAUGCCUUCCUGGAGUUUCUUCCAGCUAACUUUGGAAGACUUGUCAAAUUGAGAAUUCUGGAGUUAAGAGAAAAUCACUUGAAAACUCUACCAAAGUCAAUGCACAAACUGACUCAACUGGAGAGGCUUGAUUUGGGCAAUAAUGAAUUUUCUGAACUGCCUGAGGUUCUCGAACAAAUACAAAAUCUAAAGGAACUGUGGAUGGAUAAUAAUUCUUUGCAAAUACUGCCUGGGUCUAUAGGGAAGUUAAAGCAGCUGGUGUAUCUGGAUAUGUCAAAAAAUAGGAUAGAAACUGUCGAUUUGGACAUAUCAGGAUGCGAAGGACUUGAAGAUCUCCUAUUGUCAUCUAAUAUGUUGCAGCAACUGCCAGACUCCAUAGGACUGUUGAAAAGGCUUACGACUUUAAAAGUUGAUGACAAUCAGCUUACAAUUCUGCCAAAUGCCAUUGGAAAUUUAUCUUUAUUAGAAGAAUUUGACUGCAGCUGUAAUGAGUUAGAGUCCUUACCUUCUACUAUUGGCUACCUACAUAACCUGAGGACGUUGGCUGUGGAUGAGAAUUUCCUUCCUGAAUUGCCCAGAGAAAUUGGAAGCUGUAAAAACGUAACAGUUAUGUCUCUGCGCUCUAACAAGCUAGAAUUUCUUCCUGAUGAAAUUGGUCAGAUGCAGAAGUUGAGGGUGUUAAAUCUGAGUGAUAACAGAUUGAAGAAUUUACCAUUCACCUUUACCAAACUUAAAGAACUUGCAGCUUUGUGGCUUUCUGACAACCAGUCCAAGGCUCUCAUUCCACUGCAAACUGAAGCUCAUCCAGAAACAAAGCAGAGGGUACUGACGAACUACAUGUUUCCCCAGCAGCCCCGUGGUGAUGAAGAUUUCCAGUCAGACAGUGACAGUUUUAACCCUACUUUAUGGGAAGAGCAGAGACAGCAACGUAUGACUGUUGCCUUUGAAUUUGAAGAAAAAAAGGAAGAAGAGGAAAAUGCAGGGAAAGUUAAGGUUGAAAUAAAUCUAAAACGUUAUCCUACUCCAUACCCGGAGGAUUUAAAGAAUAUGGUAAAAUCAGUUCAAAAUCUGGUGGGCAAAACAAGCCAUGGAUUACGGCCUGAGAACUCAACACCAACCGCGAACAGCGAACAAACUGUGAAAGAAACAUUUGAGCACAAGUGGCCCAUGACACCAAAGGAGAUUUCAGUGGAGGAUGCCUAUGGACAUCCUGCCAAUGAGAUGAGAAUAGGGGAGCUUCGUCCUUCCAUGCCAGAGACGCCGUUGUACCAGCCCAAACUUGUUCUCCUGGGUAAAGAGAAGAAAGAAUCGACAGAUGAAUCUGAAGCAGAUAAGAUGCAUUGUCUGAAUAACAGCGUUUCCUCAGGCACUUACUCAGACUAUUCCCCUUCCCAGGCUUCCUCAGGGUCCUCCAAUGCACGUGUUAAAAUGGGGUCCUUGCAGACAACGGCUAAAGAAGCAGUGAAUAAUUCUUUGUGGGGGAACAGGCUAGUGCAGUCAUUUCCACAGCCCCUUGAAACAAAGCCAUUACUGAGCCAGCGGGAAUCUGCUCCAGCAGGAAACCUGCCGCAGCGCAACGACAGGCGCCCAAUGAGCGACACUUUCACUGACAGUUGGAAUGAUAGUCCGCACUACGAUAAUACAGGGUUUGUUGCAGAGGAGAGCGCAGUGGAGAAUCCUAGUGCUAACCCUCUCUUAAGCGCUAAAUCUAGAAGCACAUCUGCACAUGGACGCAGGCCGUUAAUUAGACAAGACAGAAUAGUUGGCAUUCCUCUGGAGCUUGAACAGCCUACACUCAGAAAUACACAUGAAUCUGAAGUGCCUCCUCCCAAUCCUUGGCAAAAUUGGACCAGAACUCCUAGUCCUUUUGAAGACAGGACAGCUUUUCCUUCCAAACUGGAAAACACCCCCACCACCAGCCCUUUGCCUGAGCGGAAAGAUCAUGUCAAAGAGUCUCCUGAAAUAGCUAGCACUUUCACUCCAGGAAUAGCAUGGGAAUAUCAUGAUUCAAAUGCUAACAGAAGUCUCACGAACGUCUUUUCGCAUAUUCACUGUCGCCCAGAACCUACUAAAAGUGUUAUUUCAAUCAGCAAGAGUACAGAAAGGCUUUCUCCAAUGAUGAGAGAUUUAAAAACUAAUAAAUUUAAGAAGUCACAAAGUAUUGAUGAAAUAGACAUUGGUACAUAUAAAGUUUAUAAUAUACCUUUAGAAAACUAUGCAUCUGGUAAUGAUACUGUAGGAACCCAUGAGAGAGUAGAUAAGCUUAUAGGGCAGGAGCAUGGCAUGUUGAGCAUGUCUCGCAGCCAGUCUGUGCCAAUGCUGGAUGAUGAGCUGCUGACUUACGGAAGCGUUAAGGUGCAGCAGCCGCAGAAGUCUUCUGUGACAAAGAAAGUCUAUCAGUUUGACCAAAGCUUCAAUCCGCAAGGAGCAGUGGAAGUCACAGCAGAGAAGAGGUUACCACCACCUUUCCAACACAAUCCAGAGUAUGUUCCCCAGCAGAGUAAAAACAUGGCCCAGGAUUUGGUCAGCCCGAGGGCCUACCGUGGCUACCCUCCCAUGGAGCACAUGUUUUCCUUCUCUCAGCCUUCGGUUAAUGAGGAGGCGGUCAGUGCCCCAUUUGUGAGCCAGGGGUCAAGGCCAGGUUUUUUGAGAAGAGCAGAUUCAUUGGCAAGCUCCACUGAAAUGUCAAUGUUCAGAAGAGUCAGUGAACCACAUGAACUGCCUCCAAGCGAUAGGUAUGGCAGGCCUCCGUAUCGAGGAGCUGUGGAGCGCCAAAGCAGUAUCUCAGUGUCUGAAUCUCAGUUCCUCAAAAGGAAUGGCAGGUAUGAAGAUGAACAUCCUUCAUAUCAAGAAGUGAAAGCCCAGACUGGAAGCUUUCCAGUUAAAAACCUUACACAAAGGAGGCCAUUGUCUGCAAGAAGCUACAGUACAGAGAGUUAUGGUACAUCCCAAACCAGGCCAGUUUCAGCUAGGCCUACAAUGGCAGCUCUGCUGGAAAAGAUACCAUCAGACUAUAACUUGGGUAACUAUGGUGACAAGCCUUCAGAUAACAGUGAUAUAAAGACAAGGCCUACCCCUGUGAAGGGAAAUGAAAGCUGUGCUAAAAUGCCUGCUGACUGGAGACAACAGCUACUUAGACAUAUAGAAGCUAGAAGGUUAGACAGGACCCCAUCACAGCAGAGCAGCAUCCUAGACAACGGGCAGGAGGAGGUUUCGGCGAGCAGCCAGUGGAACCCCUACCCCCUGGGGCGGCGCGACGUGCCCCCGGACACCAUCACCAAGAAGGCAGGUAGCCAUAUCCAGACUUUAAUGGGAUCACAAAGCCUACAACAUCGGAGCCGCGAGCAGCAGUACGAAGGGAACAUGAACAAAGUGACCAUUCAGCAGUUUCAGCCACCACUGCCUAUACAGAUCCCCUCUUCGCAGACCUCUCGAGCACCUCAGACAGGGCGAUGUUUAAUCCAAACCAAGGGUCAGAGAAGUACGGACGCGUAUCAGGAGCAGUUUUGUGUGAGAAUAGAGAAGAAUCCUGGCCUUGGUUUUAGUAUCAGUGGUGGAAUAAGUGGUCAAGGAAAUCCAUUCAAACCUUCUGAUAAGGGUAUCUUUGUUACUAGGGUUCAGCCUGACGGACCAGCAUCCAGCCUGCUCCAGCCUGGCGAUAAGAUCCUCAAGGCAAACGGACACAGUUUUGUACAUAUGGAACAUGAGAAAGCUGUACUACUACUGAAGAGUUUCCAGAAUACAGUAGACCUAGUUAUUCAGCGUGAGCUUACUGUCUAAAUAUUUUUUUAUAAAUAGUAAAUAUGUCUAGCCAGAUCUAAUGUUCAAACAGAUUUAUACAUAGGAAACAAAUUUUUGCCAAUUGCUGGACCAAUGGCAAACAGUAGUGCCAAAUGUAUAAUACUAUAUGUUAGUACUGAUCAUCUUGAAAAAAAAUAUUAACUAUAUAAAUUAUUGUUCAUGUGGCUAUGUAUUAGUUUUAAUUGUCAGCCUCUGGCUGUGCAUUGGUGCGUUUUUUUAAUCAAGUUACUUCUUAAAGUCAAUUUCAUAUAAUUUCAAAACACAGAAGCACAUACAAAUUCUUUAGGAAUUCUGCUGUCCAUCAGAAACACUGCCUCAAAGUUGUAUAUGCCUUUAUAAAGAUAAAAUAUAUUAAGCUGUAAUUCCCAUGAAAUAUUUCUAUCAUGUCACAUACAAAAAUAUAGAGAAAAAUAUUUUCAUAAACACCUCAAAGAAAGUAUAUAUUAAAUUAAAUUUAAUGAUGUUGAUUUAUUUUCAAUGCAAAGAUAUUAUAUGCCUUAUGAAAAUAACUGUACAUAUGCAGUGUGUAUAGCUGGUUCCAUACUAAUUAGUUAAAAUGUCACUAUACAGGGUGAGAUACUUAAUAAAUUAUACUGUCAACUCUGGGACCUAAAUAUAAACAAGCUCUAUGAAAAUUCGUUAACUUACUUUUGUCUGAUACUUUUAGUUGAUUCCAUGUGAACAUGUUAAAUGCAAACAGUGAGUUCAGCUAGAUGCAGUUCAUAAACGGAAGGAAGAAGUAUGUAGUGGGUGGCAGGAAAACUUACUUUGUUGUUGCUAAUUUUUUUUUUUUGGCUUUUUAAUCUGCAAUUAUAGGCCCUUUACUUACAUUUUCCAUUCUCCCAGCCUUGCAACGUUCAGUGUUUUUAUUCUGGUCCAGGCUGCGUUGGCCCCUGCUCACUACAUUCACUGUGGGUAAGGCUUUGGUGUUUAUAACAGCCAUUUCUCCGAGUGACGGUCUCAUUAAAAUGAAUGGGAAGAGGUUUAAUCUAAGCUACAACGCGGCACGGGGAGGGGAACAAAAGACUGACACAGAGAGAGCGCGUGCCGAGCUGUCCCACUGCAGUAUGCGCUUUUAAAACCUUGAGGUAAAAAAUCCUGGUGCUGUUUUUAGCGGAGAAGAAUACUGAUGGCACAAAAUUUUGCUGAACUGUUGUUGGUUCAGUAAUGCGAGUGGAGAUCGUGUUUAUAACUGACAGCAAGAAGGAAAAAAGCGAGACAACCUCCCACAAGAUUUUUUCACAGGUUCCUGUUUCCGCUGGCUCCAGUGGCAGUGGACGCCAGGGACAGCAAUAAGCUGCUCCCCGCGAGGGACCUCGCUGGGGCCAGCCUCAGUCACGCUUUUUUCAGAGGGAUUAGCGCACACUUUAAAACCCAGGUCAGAUGAAUGUAGCUAUGUCACGUGGACACGGCCAAGAACGUUUUACUCUUCUGCUUAUAGGCGCUGCUAGAAAUUUUUAAAACUUUCUUCUCUUCCCAUCAAAGGCAUCCUGCCUGAGGUAAUUAUGUUUCAAAUUAAACUAACAUGACUCCAUUGUAUAUAAUGCCCUGUAGUCCUCUCAUACAGGUAUAAAUAUCCCGGUGAAAUUUUGCUACAGCCCUGUUUAUGGCAGGUAGAAGGAUAGGAGCUAUAAAAGAUGCUGGCAGCAUGUCUCUGGCAUUUCGAUUUUUUUUCCUUACGUUAGUAAAAGACACGAAUACUUGGAGUGCCUGCACAGGCUGCUUCGGACGCUAGCGGUUUGCAUCAGGUCCAAAGGGGAACUGGGCAAACUCAUGGCCGAGGAAUCUGCCGCGGAUCUUGAACACGUAGUAACGGCUUUGGCCCGAGUCCCUGCGCUGCAAAUGCCUGCGGGUGGGGAGGCGAGAGAGAGGGAGGACCCGACCAGGGGAGCCCAAAUCCUUGCUCUUUUCAUACACUUUUCUGGAGGCAUUCGCAUCUGGCUGCUGUUAGAAACCAGCUCGGCAGCAAGGGGCCCGGCGCGCUCAUCCUCGGCGGCAGGUGGAAGGAAAAAUGUAUAACUUGCCCUCCCUGCCCCAGGCUGCUCUUAACCAAAAUGCACUCGUGCUUCCCCGUGUUGGCGCAGGAUUUUUUUUUUUUUUUCCCCUGUCUAAAUCCUCUCAGUCUGGCCGUGCCUGGACAUUCAAGGCGAGACUUGCUAAGCCUAGGAAGGAAACCUGGACAUUCAAGGCGAGACCUGCUAAGCCUAGGAAGGAAAGGGUGGUAUUAGGACGACAUCUCCGUACGCAGAAAGGGAGGGCUAAAGAGCCCCAUACGUACAAAUUGAUCUUACAAAUCAGUCAUUCGCUAGCUAAAGUAGAAACUAGCCUCCAAUGAUAUUUUUGAAGCAUCAACUUUUUAAUCGUUUGGAUUUCCCCCCCC